GGUAGAUGGGUGCAUCAUGUUUGCCGAACGGCUCGUCAUCCCGUCGCUGCUCCGCAAGCGAUGCCUCGAACAGCUUCAUCGUGGUCAUCCCGGCAUGCAGCGUAUGAAAGCCCUCGCCCGAAGCUACGUGUACUGGCCCAGCUUGGAUGCCGACAUCGUCAACUUCGUCAAGGCAUGCCAACAGUGUGCGUCCGUAGCCAGAUCGCCUCCUCACUCUCCACCGGUGCCGUGGCCCAAGCCGACCGCUCCCUGGCAGCGCGUCCACGUCGACUACGCCGGCCCGAUCGAAGGCGAGUACUAUUUGAUCGCCGUCGACGCCUUCUCCAAGUGGCCAGAGAUCAUCCAAACGACCCGAAUCACCUCAGCGGUGACGAUUACCAUUCUCCGUGGGUUGUUUGCUCGGCUGGGUAUGCCCGUAACACUAGUCAGCGACAACGGUACCCAGUUCACGAGCGCCGAGUUCGCCGAUUUCUGCGCCUCCAACGGCAUCGAGCACCUCACGACGGCCCCGUUCCAUCCACAGUCGAAUGGCCAAGCGGAGCGAUUCGUGGACACCUUCAAGCGGGCCGUGAAGAAGAUUCGAGAGGGGAGAGGAUCGAUACAGCAAGCACUGGACAUCUUCUUGCUGACGUACCGAAGCACGCCCAACCGGGCGCUACCUGACCAGAAGUCGCCAUCCGAGGUCAUGUUCGGGCGCAAAAUCCGUACGUGUCUCGAGCUUCUGCGUCCUCCACCGGUACGUACACCAGUGCAACCGUCCGACGACAAGAAACCGAGAUCGUUCUGCCGGAACGACACCGUCUACGCCAAGCUCUACGGCCGAAACGGUUGGAAAUGGGUUCCCGGCACAGUCGUCGAGAAAAUCGGAGACGUUAUGUACAACGUGUGGGUUGAAGAUCACCGAAUGCUGCGCUCCCAUAUCAAUCAGCUCCGGAGUCGCCAAGCUGCUGGCACGACACCGAAGCAACCCGUCAGGCAGGCCGCCUCCAGCCAGCAUUCGUUGCCGCUCGACAUCCUGUUGGGUGCCUGGAAUCUCCCAAGUCGACUAUCAGGCACGCCGACACCGUCGCUUGUCCCGAGCGCCUCUGCAUCGUCACCUACGUUGGGACCAGUCUCCAGUCCAGAGCCUACCCUGCUAGGUUCUCCGCCGGCCCGUGCGUCGUCUACGCCACGGCACGAGGCCCCGGCGACUCCGUCCAUAUCAUCGUCAGGUACAACGUCAACAUCUACCGAAUUCGAAUCCGCUGUCGAAGUUGAACCGGUGGUAGAUCUCCCUAGGCGUUCUUCACGGACUCGAAGACCGCCAGUCAGGUUCGACCCCUACCACCUCUAUUAAGAGGGGAGAUGUUGAGGACAACCCUAUCGCGCCGUACCAACCGGUACUGCGCACGCCGCUGGGCUCGCACUCGGCAGCAUAGCUGUCACUGUGUGAUGCUGGAGAUGCGCAUCAAUGAAUACUUUUAAUGUGGUUGUCGUAGUAUUGUUUGUACAUAGUUUGUAUCAGUUUGUUUACGUCCCACAUAGUUCGUUUUGUACCUUUUAGCGUGUCGCAAUAAAUUAGUUAUUUUAAUUGUGA